AUGUACUUUGACAGCAAUGUGGCUAGUGCUGCAGACAUGCGCUACUUUAACUGGCUGGUACUGGUGGUGCAGUUGCUUGGGGUCAUAUCCGUGGUCAUCACUGCUGUCUGGAUGGGACAUUACCGUGGCGGAUUUGCCUGGCAAAGUGAUCCGGAUCACGAAUUCAAUUACCACCCACUCUUUAUGAUUAUUGGCAUGGUGUUUCUUUAUGCUGAUGCCAUUCUGGCAUACCGGGUAUUCCGCAAUGACCGCAAAAUUUGCAUCAAGAUUUUGCAUGCAUCUAUGCAUGUGCUUGCCCUGCUCUUUGCCAGCGUGGGACUAAAAGCUGUCUUUGAUUCACACAACCUCAAAAAGACUGGGUGCCAUCCCAAAUUUGUACUCUCUACACAGUUGGCUUGGAAUCUUUGUCGUGGUUUGCUUUGGACUGCAGUGGCUUCUGGGUUUUGUCUCAUUCUUGUGGCCAAAGUUGGGCAUGGCUUAUCGGACAUUAUACAUGCCAUAUCACAGUUUUUGGGGCGUCACCUUGCUAAUCCUGGCAACAGCAACAGCUCUCAUGGGUAUCACAGAGAAGGCUAUUUUCCACACUGUGGAAAUUGGCUAUUCUCAUCUGUCUCCUGA